GGCAGAGAAGGCGAGCGUGCAUUGCGACUGAGAACCGGGGAGCCGGGGAGCACGGAGAUCACUGCUCGGGCGCUGCAAAAGGGCCGGCAUGGGUGACCAGCUGACAGAGGAGCAAAUUGCAGAGUUCAAAGAGGCCUUCUCCCUCUUUGACAAGGAUGGGGAUGGGUCGAUCACCACCAAAGAACUGGGCACCGUCAUGCGCUCGCUGGGGCAAAACCCCACGGAGGCCGAGCUGCAAAACAUGAUCAGCGAGGUGGAUACCGACGGCAGCGGCACCAUCGACUUCCCUGAGUUCCUGUCCUUGAUGGCGAAGAAAAUCAGGGGCGCGGACAGCGAGGAGGAUAUCAGGGAGGCCUUCCGGGUGUUCGACAAGGAUGGGAACGGCUACAUCAGCGCGGCAGAGCUCCGACACGUCAUGACGAACCUGGGGGAGAAGCUGUCGGACGAGGAGGUGGAGGAGAUGAUCAGGGAAGCUGACUGCAACAGCGACGGGCAAGUGAACUACGAGGAGUUUGUGCGCAUGAUGAUGGGGAAGUGAGGCCAGGGCCGCGUGCACACGUCCCCUCCUCUCCCCCGUCAACCUGCCUCCCACCACUGCUGCUGGACGGUGCAUAUCAAGGACUUGGGUUGGUUUCACUCUUCUACUGGCAUCUUCCUCUUGCUUUUCUUGCCCUGCUGUAAAGGCUGGUUAGGACUUGUCCUGCUCAUUAGCUAAACCCUGGGACGCAUGCAAAACUAGGUCACACCCAGGACCGUGUGGCCAAUGCCAAUUGUCUUUAGAAAGAGGCGGCUGGCCCGUUGAGUUGCAGCUCAUGUGCACCGAUGGCAUUCGGGCCGAUCCCUGCAUCCCUCACUCCUGGGAGACCAUCCCUUGGUUGCAAGCAGCCUCCAGGAGGACGGACGCCUCACGGGGGUCGGGGUUUGCAGCAUCGCAAGCACUUGGCUGUCGGUACCUUCCUUAAAGCCAAAUGCAGCCCUCACUCGUGUGGGUCUAUGCGAGCAGAUCCUUAUCCACGGGGGACCCCGCUGAAAUCCCCCUGGCUUCCCGGGGAUCUCUGGCAGGAUUGGGACCCAUGCACUCAUUCGGGGCAGAUAAGGGAUCUCGCCACACGUCUGCCUCUGAAUCUGGGUUUCUAAACCUCCCCGCUAAAAUUCAGAAAGGCCCCAAUCCCGGGUUGUAUUCCCCGCCAUGCCUGACUUUCCCGAACAAGGCCUUGUAAUAAGAGAUUUCCAGGGGUUGACAAGCCACCUGCCUGCCUUUGCAGCAGAGAAAACACAAGGCAUUUGGGUGCUGAUGCUAGGAAACAGAGACUUGCCCUGAGCCUGGAUUGGCUUUGUGGCUUUCAUGGCAUUUGGUAAUCUCUGAUUCAAUCCCCUGAAAUGAAACGAUCUCUGAUUCAAUCUGGAAUGAGAAGCAGGCCGGCUUCUCCCCAGGGACUUUAGGGCAAAUUUGGGAGCACGCCCUAGAGAAAGCUGUGUACUGAUUGCACGGCUGCCGUCUUAUUCACGAGGAAAGGGAGGGGAAAGAUAGGCGGGCGGGCGAGAUGCUUAUUUCCUAUCCUGCUUUAUCUGCUUAUCGGAAAUGGGAAUUGUUACUGUCACGAGCGCAUUGGAGAAGUAGCUCUGUCGACGUUGCUGCUCUCGUUGGGAAGCCUGCGGCAGGACAUUGCAUUUCUGCUCCAUGGAUGCUUUUGUGCUUCGGUUGUGUCAUUGAACGGAGUUCCUUUAACAAGUCUGGGGAGAAUAAAGCUGUCACAUUGCAAA